AUGGCGAAAAUAUCAGUGGCUGUGGUGUUGUCGGUGAUGCUACUUGUCUCGAUAAACUCGGUGGAGAUUUUGGCAGAGGAGCAGCCGACGGUUGGGCAGAGGAUAGACACCGCCGUGACGGGAGCCACCGAUGCUUUCAAUGAACACGGAGGCUCAGAUGCCGUCGACGCCGUAACCUCCACAGCAAAAUCCGUUUAUGGAUGGUUCGGUGAUAAAGCCAAGUAUGUCUAA